GCAUUGGACCAUCGUAGCAUCAAUAUUCGUGUGAAUGCACGUCAAGUGAACGACGAAUGCUUCGGAAGUGACACCAAUGCAGCCGCGGCGUUAGAGUCUCCCACACCGUAGUGAAACAAAUCUGUAACAGAGAUGUCUGCUAUGAAUAGAGUGGCAGAAGCACUUUCUUAUAAGCAGCCCAUAACAGAUGCAAUGCGGCGCCCAUGUCUACGCGCCGUCGCAAAGUGGUCCACUUCCAUUCCGCCGUAGUCACGCUCUUCGCUCGGCCCCCACAGCUUAUUGAGCAGGACGCUCUGGAAUCCUAUGAGAAGCAUGCUACUGUUUGUCCGACAUGUUUCUCGAAUUUUCGUCAACCCCCCCGGGGAACAGUUGUUUUCUGCCCCGUGGGUCAUGAGCGCGCAUACCUCGUCCUUCGACUACUUUAUGCAAGAGCUGGCUUUAUAUAUGCGACUUGUAGAGACCGACGUGCAACUCCGGUUGUGGUCGAGGUUGAGCCUGCACUCGGAUUGGUACGCCAUAUGGUGCACGCCAUCGAAGAUUGGCGUCAUCAUUUGUUGAGUACAUACGAGACAGCGCAUUUGACGUCUCAACCAACACGUUUCACUCCACCAACGAACGAGGCACGGCGGUGGCAUCCACCAAAUCCGCGAAAUGAUUAUCGACAGAUGUGCGACGAAGGCGGGAAUGGUGCACGUACUCGGAGACGUCCAGUUCACGGUACGGACUCUGGGCACGCUAGAGCUGUCGACCAUGCAUUUGGACAGUCCCGUCAUGGAAAACGUUAUAGCCAUGGGAGAGGACACUGAGAGCCGAUGGAAACGAUGGAAAGAUCGAACGAUGGCCGUUUUUGUUUUACUUCUUGCCAAGGCCCAAAGCUAGACUCUGUUGUGAGCAAUAUUAUUAUGGAGCGCUGUGUCAUGUCAGCGCUGUCGUCAGCUC